AUGCAUGGUAGUUCACAGCAGCAUUCUGAUUCAAAAAAAACUUAUGAGGCAGAAGACUUAUCAGAAAACAUUGUUGAAAAUGAGAGUGAUAUUGAAGAUGUUAAUAGCAGUGACGAUAUGUAUCAUACUGAUCAUUUUGAUAAUAAUGAGCAAAUUUCGACUCAACAAUUUAGUAAUAACUCUGUAUUUCCAGAGAUAAUGGAUAUAGAUAAUGAAGUAAGAAAUGUAGACAAAGAGGGUAGUCACAAAAUAAUGCAACAAUCUAUCUUUGAUGAUCAACAAACACGAUUUGACAGUAAUAGUAACAUCACAGAUAAUCAAGAACCAAUUCUGAGAGACAAGGAAAAUGAUAGACUUAAUUCGUAUAAUUUUACGUCAAACAAAAAACGUCGUCUUCAAAUUUUUCAAGAUUCAUCAAAUAAUCCAAUUCACCAGCACAAUAUCUAUCGACAAGCUGCGAAUAGAAAUCUUGAAGAUUAUCGUUCCAAAAUGGAGCAUCAAAUGCGUACCAAAUACAACAUUCAUGAGCCCGGUGAAGUUUUACCCCUCGGACCAAGAGAAUUUUCAGAGCUUGAUGAUCCUCCAACCAAUACGACUGUUAGUGUAAUCGAAGCCGCAAGAUUACAAUCCAAUGCUAUUGCUGGCAAUAAAAUAUGUAAUUGCAGAG